CUCUCUCUGUUUCAAUGCCUCACACGCUCCCUCUUUCUGUCAUUUCUUUAUCUUACCUGCAUUUGCAGGUAAGAUAAAAUUGUGAGCAGGUUAUAUUUGUCUGUACAUGCACUCCGUGUCCUCUGUCUCUCUCCAUCACUUCUGGCUGUGUUGUGUGGUGACAGAGGCAGUCUUUGCCAAGUCAAAUCCCCCCUCAGUCACGACUCUGAUAGAGAUGGUGUGAGUCACAACCGCAGACACACACAUACACACACCGGGGUAAAAACUGAGCGCAGUACCAAACUACAGCCUAAAAGAUUUCAUUUAAUUUUAGUUUUUUUGUUUGUCUUUUAUUUUGGCAGCGAAAAGACACACCUGAGUUAUAAAUCUAUGUUAAAUAUUUUCUAAAAUACAUCGGCUAUGCAAAGUGGAGUGGCAGAAUAUAAUAGAACAAAAUAUUAGAUAGUUGUCAUUCACAUUUAUUCAAUUCCAGCUGUGUUGAUCAGGAUCAGGAUGCGCUAUUAGUGGCCCUGCGGUGACGUCAUACGGUUUAGGCGGUCACUCAGAUUGCCUGCGAAGAAUACCGGCGUGCGUGCUCUCGCGCGCGUGUGUUUUGUCCUUCAGUGUUAAUGUAGCUGCACGCGACCCCUCGGUUGUCUAGUCAGCUCGUGACACUUUUUUUAAAUUUUAUUCUCAGUUAGCUAAACGUUAACGACAACACUAACAACACCUUUAACAGUCGUUGCUAAGCCGACUCCCGCUGUUUUUCUGCGUGUGUGUGUGUGUGUGUGUGUCCGCGCGUGGGGUCGCUCGCUCUCUCUCUCUGUCUGCCCCCGUCACACGCUCACUGCACAUCACCCGUUACAACCACAACACGCGCUCGCAGGCUCACACACACACAACCGCCAUCCUGCGUGUGACACACAGCUGGUUAGCUAGCUAGCUAACGCUUAUUCUUACUAACUGGCGUCGUUGUAUUUCAAUUUUGUUUUUCGUAUUGUUAUGUGUAGACGUGACUCUCGUUGAAGUAACGGAUUAUCUGCAUCCCUCCUCGGCUGACCGGGAGUCACCAUGGAGUGCCGUGUUCUGUCCAUACAGAGCCAUGUAGUCCGGGGAUAUGUGGGCAACAAGAGCGCCUCUUUCCCGUUACAGGUUUUAGGGUUUGAGGUGGACUCCAUCAACUCUGUCCAGUUCUCCAACCAUACAGGUUAUUCUCAUUGGAAAGGCCAGGUUUUGACAGCAGAUGAGCUCCAUGUUCUUUACGAAGGAAUCAAACUGAACAAUGUACACCACUAUGACUAUGUUUUAACAGGGUAUACCAGAGACACAUCCUUCUUGGAGAUGGUAGUGGACAUUGUCCAGGAGCUAAAGAGAGCCAACCCUAAUCUGGUGUAUGUAUGUGACCCCGUCCUCGGUGAUCAUGGAUCUAUGUAUGUUCCUCAGAAUCUUUACCCGGUCUAUAAGAACAAGGUGGUUCCUGUUGCUGACAUUAUUACUCCUAACCAGUUUGAGGCUGAAUUAUUGACAGGGAAAAACAUCAGCACAGAGAAAGACGCUGUAGAGGUUAUGGACCUUCUUCAUGCUAUGGGUCCAGACACAGUGGUCAUCACCUCCUCUGAUCUGCCCUCCAGACUGGGAGACCGCUUCCUUGUGUCGUUGGGCAGCCAGCGCCAUGUUCGUCCCGACGGCAGCAGGGCGACACAGAGAGUUCGAAUAGAAGUUCCAAAAGUGGAUGCCGUCUUUGUAGGAACUGGAGAUUUGUUUGCUGCUAUGCUGCUAGCGUGGACACACCACUACCCUAAUGACCUAAAGAUGGCCUGUGAGAAGACUUUUUCAGUGAUGCACCAUGUUAUCCAGAGGACCAUUUCGUAUGCUCACGAGUUAGCAGGUCCUGGUCGGAGGCCCAGUCCGCCCCAGCUGGAGCUGAGGAUGGUUCAAAGUAAAGCUGACAUAGAAGACCCUGCUAUAGUUACGGAGGCCACAGUCAUAUCCUAACAUUACCAACCCAUAAGACUCAUACUAACCUUGUCCUCUUCACUCAUAAAUCUCUCAAAUCCAGUAUCUCGGUAAAUCUCUCAUGACUGUAAACCUUGACUGUCAUUUCCAAACUUCAACAACUCAUCAUCCAGACUCCUUAAACCCCUUAGUAUUGUAACCCCUUUAGUCCGUUCACCCUAAACCCUUGACCCGUUUAAGUCCUCAGUGUCCUAACCCCUUAAACUGAACCCUUAACCUGUAACUCCUACACCCUGUUUUGGAAAUAGAGCCAUGGAUAGACAGAAAGUUUGAUCAGGUAGGACCAAACAGGUUGCACAGCUGCUGUUUAGAAAGCUGUAGGGUUUAAGUGUUAUUUCUCACUCCAGGAUUGCUUCUAUACAACGUAAUUCCACAAGCAUAACACAUAACAUGCCAUAUAUAAAGAAAGGACAAGACAAAAUAUGAGGGUGAUUAGGUUUAUUGGAAAACCCUGAAAACCCAUUCAGGCUUUAGUCAUCAGCAUGAUAGAGAAAUAGUUUUAGUGCUGUUAAAGUCAGAUUUGGGCAAAGGUGAUGUCAUAUUUGUUACAGCAAACGUGGAGUAGGUUUUUGUCCUUGGAGUAGCACUAGGACUAGACAAGUUCUAGUUAGUACUCUAUGGUGUUCUCUACUCUUUAGUGGGGAGCGGUAGGUUGGAAGUGAAUGCAGCAGCUGUGAGCAGGGAGCAAAAAUAAAUAAACAGUAUUUUUCCCACUGUGAAUUCACACAAAAUAUCUAUUAGAUAAUACUUAUCACAAAACAGGAGAUGCAAUUUUUUAUUACCCUCUCUGAUUGAAAGUUUCUCUGGUUUUAAGUCUGAAACCACACCCAACUGUGAUGUCACUGUGUACUGACACACGCUGGAGUACACAACUACAUCAACGCAGUGAGGUGAGAAAUGAAAACACUAGAGGUCAGCAAAAACAAGAUUUGUUAAGUUACUCAAAGACACUCACUAAGACACCAGAGCCACUAAAUCAGUUCUCCUUUAAGUUCUAAUGUAGCAGGAACGAUUUGUUGUUGCAUUAAGAAACAAAACACUGGAACAUAUUUGCAAUAUUUACCCAAAAAUUGAUUCCCGCUGCUGAAUUAUCUCCAAAACUCUACCUCUAAAUUAUUAAAUAUGAACCUGCCUACUUUAUCGCUCUAUUACUGCCACUCCACUCACCUCACAUACUAUUUCUGACAGAGUUGCACUCUAGCAGUGGUCCUCCAUGCCAGUUGCCAAGUAGCAGGACUGCAGCAAUGACAUUGGUGGUACUGUAAAACUAUAAUGAUCAAACACUGUUUAUCUAUGGCUCUGUCCACCACUAUUUCGACCCCUCCCCGUCUUACAGCAGUGAUGUAAUGGUGACCAAGUCUAACCCCUGAGACCCCUUGAAAAUAUAACAAAGGAAAAAAAAACGCACAAUGUAUAGUUGAUGUAUAGAUGUUGUACUAUAACUGUAUUGGACCAUCUGUAUGAUAUCUUCUAUCUGAUCUGUCUAUUGGACCAUUGUGUUGAUGCUACUGUACUAUAGACAUACAUACACACACUACAAUAUCACCCAAACCAGAGACAUUUGGGCUGGUUCUGGCACUCCUGGAGGCUCCAGUGGCUCCAGUCGUUGUCACUUGUUAGUAAUAGGUAACUGUCUAAUAGUCGUAGUAUAUAGUUGAACCUCUUUCAUCUCAACACGACAUAAAGAAAAAUGGGCAAACCUGAGCUGUCUGAGCCGUCCCUGGCCGGUUUUACUUGUGCUAGACCAAUCCGAAAUUGGCUACCUCAGUGCCAGAACCAACCCACAUCAUGCCGGACGGUUCCCGGUCCAGCUCUCGCCCAGAACCCUAUAUCUGAGAGUUGUGCCACUGAAUUUACUGGAGGCCUCGAAAAGUUGUAAAGGAGACCGUCUUCAUCACAGCAGGAGUCUCCCCCCACGUCCAGUAGCAGCUCUGUAAACGUUUGUUGUAGAAAAUGUAUUCUUUGUUCACUUCACACUUCACUGUGGUCACAACAACAGAAAUGAUGCCAUGAGUUGAAUUUUUAAAUGAAAUACAAGAUUAGAGAUGUGUAGUACUAUCUGGGUAAACUGAUGCCUGUUUGAAAUGACUGUUGCCCUUUUAGCAAAGCAUAGAAUAUCUAUGGUCUUAUCGUUGAACUAACGAUUAUUUUUUAUUAUUAUUAUUUUACAAUCAAAUUAUUGUUUUGUCUAUAAAAUGACAUAAAUUUAUGAAAAAUGUACCAUCACAGCCCAAGUUGACUUCUUCAAAUUGCAUGUUUUUCCCAACAAAUAGUCCAAAACCCACAAAGAAAUUCCACUUAUAGUCAUAUAAAACAUUACAGUGAUAUAAAGAAGCAAAUGCUCACAUUUGAGAAGCUGGAACCAACAAGUGUUUGACAUUUUUGCAUGAUAAUGAUUUAAACGAUUAAUCGAUUAUCAAACUUUCAAAGUGCAGACAUCUACAAUACUGUAUGAGUAAACUGGGACCUGCUUGAAAUGACUGUUGCCAUGCCGUUAAAGCACAGGAUAUUUGUGAUCUAGCCUACCCUAUCCCAGAAAACCUUUUUACUACUAUAACGAAAGUUUUGAUUUCAGAAAAUCAAAUUUAACACACGGCACUCACCCAGUAGCUAACUAGCUACUGAACUAGCUAACUUAACAGGCAUUACAAUAUUCUGUUUUUCACAGUGGAGUGUGAUAGGAAAGAAGUGAGGAGAACAUGACAUGCGACAGUGGUCAUGAGCUGGUUUCAAACCAAUGCUGUCGCGAGAACUUGGCAUGUGCCUUAGCCCGCUGAGCUACCAGGGCACCACAAGAAAUGAGAUUUUAAUGAGAUUUUAACUUUUUUAAGUUACAUCAGAAUCUUUUUUUUUUGCUCCCUCGUUGCUUCCUGUUUUGAAUGUUCAGUAAUCGUUUUACAACAGGAAACAGCUCAAAUUGCAACUAACUUUGCUUGGCAACAGCAUAUAGUUUUGGAAAGUGCACCAAACCAAAUAAUCGGAGGCUUAAAAAAAGAAAAAGGAAAAUCCAGCUGUUGUCAGUGUCCCACCUGGGCUGGAUGUAAGGUUCUGGGCAGGCCAGUGUAAUUCUGUACUGCUGUUGUUUCUCUAUGGACUGUACUGUGAUACUGCCUUAGGAACCUAACAUCAUAACACCACAAUACUGCUCACUGAGGGAGAGGUGGAGAGGGAGGAGGAGGGGGAAGGAAGAAAACAUGAGAUGUCUUAAAUGUAGGUACUUUUGACUGCAAACGUCUGUUCUACAGUGCGCCUGAAAUGAGGAAGAAAUGAGAUCGCAUAUGCUUAGAAAUGCUGUUUGAAUCUAUAAAAAUGUUCUUUUAGGGCUGCAAGGAAUGAUUUUUUUCAUUAUCGAUUAAUGUGAUUUGAUUAUUCUUUCAAUUAACCAAUGAAUCAUUUGGUUUAUAAAACGAGAGAUAAUUGUGAAAAAUGCCAAAAAUCACAAUUUCCUUCCAGUCGCUUGUUUUUAUUUUUCAACUAACAAUUUUAAUCGUCACUUUUGAGAAGCUGCAACCAGUGAAUUUUCAGCAAUUUUGCUUGAUAAAUUAUUUAAACAAUGAAUCGGAAUUAUUGUCCGUUAAUUUUCUAUCGAACGACUAAUUGAUUUAUCGUUUGAGCACUGAAACUUUUCCUUCUGUUUUCUGAAUCUUGACUUUAUAGACUAGAGACUCAAAGGUAAUCUGAAAACACCUCUCGGACUAAUGGUGGGGAAAAAAUGCAGUCACAUUUUUAAAAUUGCAAUAGUUAAUAUUGAUUUUUGUACUAGUACAGUUGUAUUGUGCCACUGUAGCACUGAUUGUCAUAUCAAUAACAGGCUGCUAUGUCUGCGUGCUUGGCCAACCAGCUUUAAGCUCUGCUAUAAUCAACAUGUGCACUAUCCAAUCCUCUGCUUCCUGUUAACAAACCAGUCAGCCGUAUUAUUGGGUCAAAAUGUGUCUAUCUGUUGUGUCCGUGCGUGUUGUGUGUGAGAGAGUGUAUGUACACGUGUAUAUAAAUGUCCUUUAUGGUCACAGGGUGUUGUGUGUAUGUGUGCGCACGUGAAAUGAAAGAGGAAAUCCCUGAAAAGUAAAACUAACAAAGAUGGGUGACAAAGGAGGAGGAGGGUAAAAAAAAAAAGAAGAAGACAGCAGUAGUGUACAUGAGGAUGGGAAGGGAGGGGAGGGGAGGUAUGUUCAAGAGGACAAUCAUUCUGUGAUGUUACGCAGUGUUCGACGACUCCCUUUUCCCCUAUCUGCUAAACAAAUAGAGGAUUGUUUUUGUUCUGGACUUGUUAAAAGGGGGAUCUUAAACGUUUCCCCUCUUUCUCUUCUUCCCCCUCCACCCAUCCUCAUGCAAAUAUAUCUGCCCUUUGAACCUGUCCACCCGCCUCCCUGCAGUGCCAGUCGUUGUGUCUGUAUCGCUAGUUUUUAAACCUUAGCCUCGCUAUGUGUGUGUUUGUGUGUUAGAUGGUUAUACUGUACCCCGACUUCCGCCAAUCUCUCUGCUAGAUAGUCACUACUGCCCCCUCUUUCCCCGCCUCUGUUCCCAUGCUGGUCUCACCCCGCCUCUAUCUCCACUUGCUCGCUGUGUCUUUUGUGAUACAACUUCCAUCCACUCUUUUUUUUUUUUGUUUUUAAAGCUGCUGUUACCUACCCUGCUCACCCUGCUUACAGUAACUCUUCCUCCAUUCUCACAGCUGCUGUUGGCUGGUUUAACUACACCGCAUCCGAUUCCUCCGCUAAACAUCUGGAUUGAGUUGCACCAGCUCUUCGUAAUUCUUUCACUAAGUUUGUGCGCGAAAGUCCUCUGUAACUACUUGCUAGUUUCAAACUUGUGAUGUACUAAAUCGAGUUGCACCAUUAGAGCUUCAGAAAUGUCUUGGCUAGUUUAAGACUUUAGUCAUGUGAAAAAUCGGUUGCUGGGAAACAUCUCUAGCUGCGUCCAAUCAAAAGCAAUCAACUAUGAAAACAGAUAUGAGUUUGCUUUAUUCAUACAUGAAUAUCAAUCAGCUUCUUAUGAUGAGUAAUAGGAUCCUACAUGAACACACAAUUUUCUGCCGAAGUUGGAACACUUUGGGGUAUUUCACAUUAGAUAUUUAUGUAUGUAUGUUCUUUUUCUUUUCAUUUGAAUCAAAAUCAGAUUCUGACAGUUGGUGGGUUGUUUGGUUACUGUCAAUCAAAAUUGAUCAAACCACACCCACAAAGUCUUGAUGAAGCAGAUUAACUGACUGAUUUAUUGAGAUUAACUCUCAAUAAAUAAUAACUUAAAAUGUUUAAUUUUACAAAUAUUUAAUGUUAAUACUUAAGCUAACAUAACCAACGUUAUUCGGUCAGUGUGUUAUUGGCAUAACAUUUUGUAAUAUAAGGUAUUUUGUAGGGUUUUUUGUGAAAUAUAAUUUAAUGUUUUCCAAGUUUACAUCAUACAUAAACAGCAUUUUGAAGUGUCGAGCACUCAGUCUGUUACUUCAAUCUAAAUUGGUCAAAUAUUAGCAAGCGAAUGUUAAUGCUGUCAAUUAGCUAGUUCAAUUAGCUAACAGUACGUAUCAGUAACACCUGGCCGUUACUGGGUGUAAAUAUUUUAACAAUAAAUCUCUGCCAAGUAACUAGUUUGUGUGGUGCAACCAGUUUUAACUUAGUAAACCCUUACGAUAAGUAGACUAAGACUGAAUUUACGAACAUUUGGUGCAACCGGAUGCUGGUUACUAAUGAACUAAAGAACAUGGUUGCCUUUCGGGCCCGAUCAAGCAGGCUAGCACCCUGCACUGUCUCUUUAUGCUACAAAAAAGAGCAACCCGAAAUAUUGUUUGUUUUAUGUUUGUUUCAGUCGUCCUUGAUGUGAAGUGAUGACACGUUUACUGAAAGUAUCUGGAUCACGGAGUUAGUAUCACUUUGUGAACUAUGUCGAUAUUCCUGUGGUGGAAAAGAAGUGUAUAUUUCAGUGCAUUGAGUUCUAAUGGCAAACAAUUAGCCUACACACAUACCCAGCAGAAACAGAACAACAUGGGCAUCCCACUGGAGUUCACUGUCAAAUGUAAACCCAGGAUUCUCUGUUAUUUUAUAACCGGUUCGCUCCUCCAACUCCUAAGAAAAUGAUGUUGCUAAAUAUUUAACUUUCUUCAUCAGCCACUUUUGGGCUGAUCAAGAAGCAUUUAAACUACCUACGAUUUUAUGUAAACUGGCACAUUUAGGUUCUUCAGCCCAGCAAGUUAAAAAUAUAAAAAAAGGUGAAAGCUGCACAGAGCUGCAGUGUUGGGAUGUUCAUUUUCAGUGGGAUUGGCAGUUACAUUUAAUUCAAUGUUACGGUAAAGAAUAUUUCCAUGCUUUCAGGCUGGUUUGAUGUGGCUAAAUUGUCUGGUUAAUGCUACAAAUGUAAACAAUAACACAAGAAAUAUCCGAAAAGCAGUGAUUCAAACAAUAACCGAGCAGUACUAAAUGUUUUACUCGCACUUGAGAACAACUUGUAAAGGCAGCGGUGAAAACUGUGCUGUGUGAUCAGGCCCUUCACCUCUCUGUUUGUCUGGUUACAAGUGACCCAGCCCUCCCAUGCUGCUUUGCUUGAUGCUCCCCGCUGUCCAUGCUCUCCUCCCCCCAUAUUUCCCCUCCUCUCUGUACCUGUUGCGAUAGACCCCCCCCCUCUCCCGUCCCUUUGGUUACAAAAUGGCUGCCACUAAAAACUGCAAUGGCAAACCGCCUGUGUCCGACCGUGGUCCCCUCCUCUCCUCCCGAUCGACGGUUUCAUCUCCGCCAUCUUGUUUUUCUGUUCUUGGUGGCCAAAACAAAACGAGGAAAUGUAAUAAUCAUUGUUUGGUAACUGUUUUUAGUGCUAUGUUUUUGGAGCGUUACGAGUAUUUUCUAACAUGUUACAAUAAAAGAUUGUAGUGUACAAAUUCACAUUUAUAAAAUAUAUAUAUAGAUAUAUAUGAAAAAUGUAUGUUCUAAUGCAAUAAAGAGAGAUUAAGAAUUAUGAAAAUUGGAA